AUGUAUUUUAUAUUAAUCCUAUUUUUUUUUGAUUAGAUUAAAUCAUAAAAAAUUGCUUUUGGUUCUUGUUAUAAUUAUGAAGAUCCAGAAUCAUUAAUAUUUUUUGAAAUAGCCAAGCAUAAACCAGUAUAUGAAAUAAUUAUACAUAUUAGGAUACUUUUGUAUGGUUGGGAGAUGCUGCUUAUGUUACUUCUAAAACUAGCUAAAAUAGAAGAAUGUCUGAAUUGAAUGAAACAAUUAUCGAAUACAAAUUUAAUCUUACAAAAUAUAAUCCUGGUUACUAAAAAUUGUUAAAUACCACAUAAAUCAAUGGAGUUUGGGAUGAUCAUGAUUACAAUGAAAGAGAUGGAAUUUAUUCAAAUCCAGUAAAAGAAAUGACUAGACAAUUAUUCUUAAAUUUUUUAGAUGUUAGAAUUGAUGAUGAGAGAAGAUUCAAAAAAGAUGGAAUUUACUAUUCAUUUAAAUUAAAAAAUACUAAGAUAAUACUUUUAGAUGUAAGAUGGAAUAGAAAUCCAGAACAAUAAGAUGUUUUAGGAUAAAAUUAAUGGAUUUGGUUAGAAAAUGAACUUCAAGAUAAUGAAGUUGAUUUAUUUAUAAUAGGAAGCGGAUCUCAAAUUUUACCCAAUGAUGUAUAAAUUAUACAAUAUUUAGAGAUUAUUUAUUGAUGUAUGGUACUUAUCAAGCAGAAACAAACUACUAUCAAUUUUAAAAGGGAAAAAUGUUUUAUUAAUGACAGGAGACGUUCACUUUGCUGAAAUUUUAUAAGAUCCUUGUACUAAUAUAAUUGAAGUUUGUUCAUCUGGAUUAUCUUAUGGAUCUCACUAUAGAAAUAUAUUAAGAGGCCUUUUUGAAUUUUUUGCAGAAAUAUUUUAGCCAGACACAUAUUCAUAAUAUUAUGAAAGAUUUGCUGAUAAAAAUUAUGCUAUUAUUGACAUUGAUGAAAAGAAAAUUUCAAUUUAUAAUGAAAGUUCAUUAUUAUAUUAAGUUGACUUUAAUAAAACAACUUCUAUAAAAUGUGAGGAUCUUGAAUCAACUCCAUUAAUUUUUAAAUACUUCUGGAAUUUUAAAGAUAAAUUUAAUGCUUUUUUUUCAAUGUUAUUAUUUUAUUAAAUAGUGAAAGCAUUGAAAUUAUGUAUUAUUUUAUUGGUCUUAAUUAUUUUGUGUGUUUUUGGAAUCCUGAAAUUUUUUGGAUUAUCAAUAAUAAUUAAAAGAAAGACAAAUGAAAAAAUAAAAUAAAAAAAUGAAUGA